AUGCCAAUGUUGAAACCCUUUCUCGAAUUUACUAAAAAUGUUUUUUGGCAACCAUCCCGGUUGCUCCACCAUUUUCUUUCUUUCUUUUUUUCUUUCUUUCAUUCAUUCUUAUCCAGCCAUUUUCUUUUUCUUUCUUUCUUUAUUUCUUUCUUUCUUUCUUUCUUUCUUUCUUUCUUUCUUUCUUUCUUAUUCGGCCAUUUUCUUUUUUCUUUCUUUUUUCUUUCUUUCUUUCCUUCUUAUCCAGCCAUUUUCUUUCUUUCUCUCUUCUUUCUUUCUUUCUUUCUUUCUUUCUUUCUUUCUUUCUUUCUUUCUUAUCCAGCCAUUUUCUUUUUUCUUUCUUUCUUUCUUUCUUUCUUUCUUUCUUUCUUUCUUUCUUUCUUUCUUUCUUUCUUAUCCAGCCAUUUUCUUUUUUCUUUCUUUCUUUCUUUCUUUCUUUCUUUCUUUCUUUCUUUCUUUCCUAUCCAGCCAUUUUCUUUUUUUCUUUCCUUCUUUCAUUCUUAUCCAGCCAUUCUGUUUAUUCUUUUCUUUCUUUCUUUCUUUCUUUCUUUCUUUUUUGUGGUAAUCAUCUAUCGCCACUUAUGUGGGUUAUUCAAUGCCGACAAGAUUUUUAUUGCUGGUAAUAUUUUCUAUCUAUCUAUCUAUCUAUCUAUCUAUCUAUCUAUCUAUCUGUCUAUCUAUCUCAGUCUGUUAUCUAUCUAUCUAUCUAUCUAUCUAUCUAUCUAUCUAAUAAUCAUUUCUCUCUGUUCUUAUCUAUCUAUCUAUCUAUCUCAGUAUAUAUUGGGUUAG